UAUGAUGAUACCUUUAAAAGAUAGAGGGGUCUCGUCUUCGUCCCUCUUCCUCACCACAAGGGUUUGCACUUUGCACAGACCCUUGUGCUCACCACCCUCAUCGCAGGGUCUCCCAGCCCCAAUUUCCCAUCACGAAACCCUAAUUUCCUAUUACGAAACCCUAAUUUCUUAGCCAUUAACUCUAUUUUCUGUAUUGAACGUAGAUCGCAGUUUCUGAAUUUAAGGUCGAUCAGGGGUCUGCAUUAUCAGAUCUCUCAUUCCUCCCCGCCAUGGAUGGAAACAAAGAUGCAGCCCUGAAAUGCUUGAAGAUUGGAAAAGAGGCCCUAGAUUCUGGCGACAAGGCUCGCGCCUUCAAAUUCCUCACAAAAGCCCGUCGCCUUGAUCCCUCUCUCCCCAUUGAUGAUCUCCUCUCUACCCUCGAUGAAAGUUGUGAUCAGCCCCCUCCUGAUUCUGCAAAUUCCAGCUCCACGUCUCCAUCCACUUCUUCAAAUUCCAAUCAUGCUCCUCAAACUUCAAAGGUUUCAUCUCAGUCCUAUACAGAAGAACAGGUCACCAUUGUUAGGCAGAUUAAGAGCAAGAAGGAUUAUUACCAAAUUCUGGGUUUGGAGAAGGGUUGCUCUGUUGAAGAUGUUCGAAAAGCCUACCGAAAGCUCUCUCUGAAAGUCCAUCCAGAUAAGAACAAGGCUCCAGGUGCAGAGGAAGCCUUCAAAUCAGUUUCAAAAGCCUUUCAAUGUCUAAGUGAUGAGGAGAGAAAAAAGAACUAUGAUUUGAUGGGGGGUGAGGAAUCCAUUUACGAGAGACCUAGAGCUCAAAACUACAACAAUUUUUAUGAAGCAGAUAUCGAUGCUGAUGAGAUUUUCAGAAAUUUCUUUUUUGGAAUGAAUCAAGCAGCCACACCAUUUGGCCCAUUCAGGUUUAGGGCAGGUAUGGGACCUGGUUUCCAUCACCACCAUACUGAAACCAAUGGUUCAUCGGGUUUCAAUCUUCGAACUCUUGUACAAAUUCUACCGGUCAUUCUCUUGUUAUUGUUGAAUUAUUUUCCGAGCUCUGAACCACCUUAUUCACUUAAUCGAACAUAUGGGUUUGAGCACAAGAAGAUAACAGAGAGAGGGGUUCCUUAUUUUGUAAAAGCUGAGAAUUUUGAUCAGGUGUAUCCUGAGGGGAGUGUGGAGAGGGCGACCCUCGAAGAGAGGGUGCAAAGAGAAUACUUUUCGAUACUUGGUGCAAAUUGCAGGACUGAGUUGCAGAGGCAACAGUGGGGCCUUUCUUAUCAGACCCCACAUUGUGACUUGCUUCAACAAUUUGAAGUGGCUCGGUAAUUUGCGGGUUUUUGGGUUUAGCUCCAGUUGAUGGAGGGGAUGCACACUUGAUACCUGGCGCACACGAAGGAAGGCUUCAUGAGAUCUUCAUCACAUCCUGGCAUAAUAUAUACGAGUUGACUUCUUUAGCAUCCUUUGGAUGUUGAUGGGGUUCGAGGGACUUAAAUUGGGCAUACCUUCUUGUGUACAGAACCAGCCGUACAAAUCGAUUUUAUCCUAUAUUUUUGGAGAUAAUAUUUUCUAAACCUUAUGUUUCAACUUUUGGUUGAUGGAACAUGGAAGUUACACUAUGAGAUAGAUGUGUUGUUAUUCAUUCUGCUUGUUUCUGAACAUUUAUGCUUGAUGCAUCUUUCAGGAAAUUUGCACCUUUUAUGGGGACUUACGUAGUCACUGAGAUAAACUGCAUUAAUUAUUGGAUCUUGUUUUCUUUUCUCUA